AUGGCAGAGCCAAUGUCAGACGCGGACAAAAUCCGCAACAAGAGACUCGCCAAAUUACAACAGCCAUCGUCAGCACCCGCACAAGAUGGCGGCGAUGUAUCAGCCUCGCAGUCUUCAACGCCCCCACAAGUUCCUACACCUCAGAUGCCUACUCCGACUGAUACCCCGAGGCCUGCAGCCCCAUCCCCCGGCUCUACCACGCCUGCACCCACCACAACCAUACGGAUAUCGCCCGCAAACAUCACUCCUCAGAAACGAGAAAUGGAUGGGCUGGAGAGGCCUUCUUCACGGCCAGCAAGUGCUGCAGCGCAGAAACAGAACGAACCGAUCGAGCAAUAUGAAGACCGCACACUACGAAGUAUCUUCCGGCUGACCUUGGAUUCCUCACAAGCCAAAGAUGCCAGUGGCAAUACAGUCUACCCCAUUCCGAACCUGCGGGAAGAGCUGGAGUCUGAUAGCAAGCCGCUCCUAUUGAGUCUUGAGGCUCUUGAGCAAGCAAUCAUGGAAGGCGGCCAGAACCUGGGCAAAGUCAAGCCUCAUGACUGGCUACUGGCAUGCUGGAAGCGAGUGAACAGAAUGGGUCGUAACGUGCGGGAAAAGACACCUGAGAACCAGAAGUGGGCAAUCAUCGUCGAAGCUCGAAGGUUAUGUUUGAGCUGGGCCAUUUUCUCCAUGACCAUGCCCGAUAUGUUUGGCCAGGAAUACGAUGGUACCGUUGCGCUUGCUGAUCACCUACUGGCAGAUGAAGAGGACGAUAGGGGCGUGGACCUCGAAUUCCUGACUGAGAUCGCAUUUCGCUUUGAGGAAGACGAAGCACUCAAGCAUGCCGUCGUGGGUGCUGUAGAAGAACAUGCGCGACGACUGGCAAAGAUGACGAUGAACAGCGAGUAUCAGCGCUACACUGGUAGCCUCCGGCGCGUAAUACGCUUCAAGCCUAUCGCUCUCGCAAUCGCGCAAUCGUCUAUGUUCGUCGACGCAUCUGUGUCGCCCGCUACUCUUGAGGCAUCAACGCUUUUAGGCCCAUACUUCGCCAUCUCGCCCCUCCAGUCGGAAGUUACCAGGCAAUUCUUCCCCGGACCAAAAACACUUGACCCAAGCCGUAUAAGAAACGCCCAACAAGCAUUACAAAUGUCCUUGAGGACCCAUCAGGCUGAGCUGUUCGACAUUGCGAACACCUUGGUCCGUUCAUCGGAAGCUGUGCGUGAGCGGAUUUUGGACUGGUUUGCCCUUGUCGUCAACUCUAAUCACAAGCGGCGAGCCAUGAGGGUGGACAUGUCCACUGUCUCUAGCGAUGGCUUCAUGAUCAACGUUAACACAAUUCUCGACCAGCUCUGUGAGCCAUUCAUGGAUGCAAGCUUCUCUAAAAUUGAUAGGGUUGAGAUCGACUACCUGCGCCGGAAAUCCCGAGUCGACCUGAAGGAUGAAACCAAGAUCAAUGCCGAUCAACACGAAUCAGAUGCAUUCUAUAACACACCUGCCACCGGGAAGAACAACUUCAUCUCAGAAUGCUUCUUUCUGACCGCCGCUGCCCAUCAUUACGGGACCGAGGCGGCCAGAAAUCGUCUAAAGGACAUGGACCGUGAGCUAAAACACAUGGGGAAGCAGAUCGAGCAGUUCGAGACAGAACGUCACAAGUAUGUGAACAACCCAAUGCAGCUGCAGCAGUUCGAAACGGCACUCAAGAAGUUCAAGGACCAGUACGACAAGGGCCUAGCGUACAAGUAUUCCGUGCAAGGUGUACUCCUCGACGAACUAGCCCAGACGCGAUCCAUGCAGUUCAUGCGUUUCGUUACUGUCUGGCUCCUUCGACAAGUCUCGCCGAACGGCAAGUACCCAACCGAAGCGCUCACGUUGCCAUUGGCCAAGGAGCAACCGGAACGCUUCAAGUGCUUGCCCGAGUACUUUCUGGAUAUGAUUAGCGGCAACUUUGGCUUCAUCAUGUACAACCUUCCUCAGGUCAUUUCGGCACACCAGUCAGAGGAGCUGAUCAUGCUAUGCAUUACCUUCCUCCGGAACUCGGAAUACAUCAAGAACCCGUAUCUCAAGGCGUCUUUGGUCACUAUUCUUUUCCGCGGGACAUGGACCUGGCGUCAAGGCGGACGAGGAAUUCUCGCAGACCAAUACAACAGUAUGGACUUCGCCAUGAAGCAUCUCUUGCAUUCACUUAUGAGGUUUUUCAUCGAAGCGGAGUUCAUGGGUGGGCAUGGCCAAUUCUUCGACAAGUUCAAUGUGCGAUUCGAGAUCUUCCAGAUCAUCAAAUGCAUCUGGCCAAAUACGAUAUACCGGGACAAACUUCUACGAGAAGCGAAGGUCAACAUAGAAUUUUUUGUCCGAUUUGUGAAUUUACUGUUGAACGACGUCACUUUCGUCCUAGACGAGUCGUUUACGUCGUUCCACUCGAUCUACGACCUUACGAACGAGCUUGCUAGAGCUGGCACGACACUGAGCGAGGAGCAGCGAGGAGAGAAAGAAGAAGCGCUGGAGUCAGCGAAGGGCAAAGCCAAAUCAUACAUGCAACUGACAAACGAGACUGUUGAUAUGCUGAAGCUCUUCACGGAAGCUUUGUCCGAUGCCUUCACCAUGCCAGAGAUUGUGCAGCGGCUGGCUGACAUGUUGGACUACAAUCUCGAUGCUAUGGUUGGGCCCAAAUCGUCGUCCCUCAAGGUGGACAACUUGCAGGAGUACAACUUCGACCCUCGAAAGCUCCUCAGCGAGAUCGCGGAUGUCUAUCUCAACCUGCGUAACAAGGAGAACUUUAUUCUGGCCGUUGCGCGCGAUGGUCGGUCAUAUAAGCCCGAAAACUUCGUCAAUGCGGCAGCCAUCAUGCAGAAACGUGUGCUCAAAUCUCCAGAAGAGAUCCGAGUUUGGAACAAGCUCAUUGAACGAAUUGCAAAAGCGAAGCAGGAAGACGAUGAUGCCGAAGCAGAGCUUGGCGAGAUUCCGGAAGAGUUCCUUGACCCGCUAAUGUAUACCCUUAUGGAGGAUCCGGUUAUUCUGCCCGUCAGCAAGACUAUCAUGGAUCGCAGCACUAUCCGAAGUCAUCUCCUGAGCGAUCCUCAUGACCCGUUCAAUCGCGUCCCCCUGGUUAUAGAGGACGUCAUCCCUGCAACGGAGAUGAAGGAUCGGAUCGAGCAGUUCAAAAACGAGCGUAUGGGCGACAAAAAGAAAGGGUUCGUCGAUACAGUGACGCAAGAAGCUCCCAAGUCACGCGAGGAAGCGGAUGCCAUGGAUGUGACAGAUGGUUAG